AGACCUGCAUGUCCCAUUUCCUUCAGACCGAGAAGCAGAGAUAGCACAUGGCUCUCUCAGUGUAGACAAGGAGCCUAAACGAGGAGGUGUCAGACGGACAUUGUCAGUCAAGGGCAGUGUGAUGCAUGUGCAUUUUGAAGCUGAAGAAAGUCGAACAUUGCGUGUCAGUAUAAAUUCAUUCUUCGAGCACCUAAGACUUGUAUCUCAGACUAUGGAGAGCUUUGGCCCACCAAGAUAA